ACCACGCGAGAGCCCCAUCGGCGGAGCGCAGCCCGGGACCCGUCGCGCCAUGACCAUCCGGGCUGGCAGCGCGGGCGGCGGCGUGACGCUGUCGGCCGAGCCCUCGUGCUGCGGCGCCGGCGACGACGACGGCGACGGGGGCGACCCUGCCGCGGAGCCCCUGGAGGAGGCGGCCUGCUUCUACGGCGCCGUGAGCCGGGAGACGGCCGAGUGGAUCCUCUGGGAGCGGGGGUGCGCCGACGGCCUGUACCUGCUGCGCCGAAGCGGGCCCGACUAUGUGCUCUCGCUCUGCUUCGACCGCAGCGUGCUACACUACCGGAUACGCAGGCUCGCCGGGGCUGGCGUGGAGCUGUGUGGCCUGCCGGGCCAGCAAUUCCGCGACCCAUGGGCCCUGCUCGAGGGCGUGCAAGGCCUGGCCACGAGACCUUCGCUGCCCUGCAAUCGGGCCAGGGACGCCAUGCUGCCGCCCACGCACUGGGGGCUCUCGGACGACACCGUGCGCGCCUUCAUGCUGCUCAAGGCGCGCCAGUGGGGCAUGGACGAGCAGCAGCUGGAAGGCAGCCCCACGCCGCCGUCGCCGCAGGGAGUGCGUCCCGAAGGCAGCCCCGGCCCCGGGGACCUGCGGUCGCUGCUGAGCAAGACCCUGCACGAGAUACAACCCUGGUUCCACGGGCGCCUGAGCCGAGCCGACGCCGAGAGGCGACUGCAGGACGCGGGCCACCUGGACGGACGAUUCCUAGUCCGGGAGCGGGACGACAGCAGCUACGCCCUGUGCCUCAGCCACGGCGGCUCAGUGAAGCACUACAAGGUGGACGUGACACCUAGCGGCGAGUUCGCCAUCCAGGAUGGGCAGCGCUUCCCCAGUAUCAUGUCGCUGAUCAGCCACUACACCUUGUUCAGCGACGGUCUCUGGUGCCCGCUGACCGAGGCGUGCGUACGCCCCGACUGCCACCUGGUGACCAAGCCGACCACCACCGCCAGCAGAGCGGAGCAAAGGCGAAGCUUCGCCGCGACCACCACCACUACUGCACGCACGGGCAUCCUCAACCGCCUCGUCGCGAGCAUCACGCCGCAGCAGGCCAUGGAGCGGUCACGGACCAUGCCUCGGCUUCGGGCACCAUCACGGCUCUCCUGCUCGUCGCCGCCCCCGCAGCAACAGCACCACCACCACCACUUGCCGGCGGCCUCCACCGCGGCCACCAUCGGCUGCCACCACUCCUCGUCGGGCGCGCACACAUCGUCGGGCGGAGGCCGGCGCUCCGCCACAGGCAGCCGGCUGCACAAGGCUUCCAGCUUCGACCACCUGCUACCGGGAUUCAUCAGCUACCUGUUCUCGGGAGACGGAGACCGAAAGACUCUUCGCCGCAAGAGCUCUGGCGGCAAGCGACUGCCAGAGAUGGAGCAGACCCUUCCGCGUCGGGUGCCCUCGGUGCCGUCCGAGUACUCGUGCGAGCGUCCCGUGCCGGCGCCCCGACACUCGCUGGCGCGCAGGGACUACCAGGAGGACCCGGUCUACGCGAACCGGCAGGCGCUGCUGCGGCGAGCUGCCGCCGCUGCUGCGUCCGCCGAGUCCGGACCGGCGGCCCCCGCCGCGGACGAGGCCCCCCUCUCCGAAGAGAAGCCCACCCAAGAAGAGCAGUUGGCCCCGCUGAUCGAGCUGGAGAGCCCUCCGCCCGGUCCUCCAACCCCGCUGUCUUCGUCGUCGGUGCCCAACCCCGGCGGACCCUGUCGGCGAAGCGCCUCCUCACCCAGCGUGGCCACGCGCGCCCUGGUGCUCUCCGACCUGGACUCGUUUCCACAGCCGGUGCCGCUGCCGGACGAGGCUCGGAGCCCGUCUCCCACGCUCAUACUUUUCUCGGAGUGCGGCGACCUGGAGGACGGCCCGUACGAGGAGAUAGACUCGGCGGGCAGCCUCUCGGACUCGGCCACGCUUCCUGGAUCGGACAGCGGUGGCGGCGGCAGUCCGGCCAGCGGCCGUCUCAUCGACGACUCCCAGGAGGACGAGCCUCCUCUCCCCAAAGACAAGGACUCGAGCGCGCCGGCCUCGCCCGAGCGAUACCUGCCCCCGGCGGCCGGCUCAGACGGUGGUCUCAAACCGUGGCUGUCGAAAGAGGAGUCCGAGUCAGCUUACCAGGCCAUGAAGCGCUUCGUCAGCGGACCCAUGAGCCUCGACCCCAAGCUUAUCGUCCUCAAGGACAGAAUCGGCGUCGGCAACUUUGGCGAAGUGCACCGUGCCUUGUUCGGCAGUGGACCCGUGGAAGUCCAGAUAGCGGUGAAGAGACUCAGGGACACAAUAGUGGGCGAUCACAAGGAGGAAAUCAUGAACGAGGCGCAGACCAUGGCCCAACUAGAUCACCCGCACAUCGUCCGUCUCAUUGGGGUAUCCCAGAGCCAAUCGCUGAUGCUGGUCAUGGAGCUGGCUCCACUAGGGCCCCUAAACCGUUUUCUCAGGCUUAACAGAUCCCAGCUCCGGCAGGACGGCGCCGGCCGUGUGCUUGCGCUGGCAUCGCAAGUGUGCGGCGCCAUGGCGUAUCUGGAAGCGAGACAGCUCGUCCACCGGGACCUGGCCGCGCGGAACGUCCUCCUGGUCAACGACCGCUUCGUUAAGGUCUCGGACUUUGGCAUGACGCGAGCGCUGGGCUCCGGCAAGGACUACUACAAGGCGCAGGCGGCGGGCAAGUGGCCUCUCAGGUGGUACGCGCCAGAGUGCAUCUACUUCUUCAAGUUCAGCACAAAGACGGACGUGUGGAGCUUUGGCGUUACCCUCUGGGAGGCCAUGUCUUACGGCGAGAGGCCCUACCAAGGACUGGCGGGCCAGAGCAUUCUGGCAAUGCUGGAAAGCGGCAAGCGACUGGAACAGCCUGACGACUGUCCUGACCGGGUUUAUCAACUGAUGCAGUCCUGUUGGCAGUACAAGCCCGAUGACCGGCCCUCGUUCACUGAAAUCUGCGCCACGCUACGAGAGGCACUAGAAGACUGCACCUGACUGGGCGCUCAUGACACGGCCAGCGAGACCAAAUGUCUGAGUGGUACAAGCGCCGAUGGCUUAGAUGCUGCCAGUAACCCGACGCCAGCGGUACACCCGGCUCCUCAGCCGGGAACACAGUACCUCAAUGCACCAAUCUGUGAUGUUGUUACCGCAGUUUAGAGGCGGAAGGCACCACCACGAAACCGUCGACAAAUGCUCAUGGCGCCUAACUGUUGCUUCGUCGGUCGGUCAGUCGGUCAGUGUGAGGGGCGUGUUUGAAAAAACGUUCUAGUCCAUGACUGACACCGCAUCGAGAACAGUGUAGGAGGCCAAGAAAACGCUGGAGUUCUCUGAGCCACAGUAGUACGACUGCCGAGGGAAUGGAAUGUUAAAAAGAAACACACGCAGUUACCUGGGGGCUUCUUCAAUCGUACCAUUUCCGAAACUCCUCAUCAAAGCUCUCGUAUUCUGGGGUACCUUUUUCUGGAGCCUUACGUUUACAUGAUUUAUGAUCCACCCAGUGAACAACAAAUUGAAACUGGUCAUCACCAGCUGCCUGAUCAGCAGAACUACAAAUGGCUGACUAAAAAUGCGGUACUGACGGAAAAUAUGGGUUUAUUUGGGUUUGUUCACAAUGGACGUAGAUAACUUUCUUUCGCUGUCGCUGUGCUCAAAACGCGGUGUAUUAUAGUUAAUUUGUUCACCGUAGGUGCUGUGGAACUUGGUCACAUCACCGACAGCCAUUUACUGUACUUGGCUUUUGAUAAAUGGGGUCAAUGGUAUGAUUGAAGAGCUCUGGUUACCACGCGUUCUACCCUCCAAAGAACAUGGCGUGCACACGUGCGCGUGAAGUCUAACAUACUUCCCGUCCGCCAUCUUGCGCACUUCAAACGCGUGUACGCUAAAGCUUCUCUUUGUGAGAGCAAGCAAGCCGCGAAGACACCAGGUCGUCUAGUGAGAGCUUAUGAAGUCAUCGUUACGCACAAAGACGAUCCACCUCUGAGGGACACCAAGCCCAGCCCAGUGAUUGGGACGCAGGAAUAGCACUCGAAAAGGCACGAUUAGAAUUUUUCAUAGUUUACUAGGAACGCAAUAAUGAAUGGCUACCGUUACGGUGUGCAGCUCAAACAAAGGGAAAAAACACAUACACACGUUCAAAGAGAGCGACUUUUGAGUGAUUCUUCAUGGUGCCGAAGUUUCCUGCCUGACCCACUUCAUCGGCACAAGUUUUCCGCGUCCAUUGCGCUCAGCUAUUAUGGUCAUAAUUUCUCGAUAAUGUAAAAUUACCGUUGAAAUCGGCAUCCCGGUAUCUCAGUGCUUGAAGUGUUCAAUAUUUUGUAAAAUUCUUAGUCCAGUUUUAAGUACUGCCUUGACGAAAGUGUUAAAGUUUGGGAGCAUAUCGUAAAGUAGGCAAAAGCUUCCGCGAUUUUUUUCAACAUCGGGGCUCUUUUUGCGUUUGAACAUUAGGCUUCUGGGCUGUGUUUGAUCGCCUGUUAUAGAAUUCAAGAACCACUGUUUUUGUCCUGUGCUUAUUCAGCAGACUUCAGACAAGUCUCUACAGGCCUGACAAAUCACUUAUCGAGCCCUUCUGCUUGUUUUCUAUCUUCACAUUCCUUAUUUUCAAGAAAGAACGUCUUCUAUAUCGAAGAUGAUGGACGACGCAGUGUUCUGAAGUUUUUUAUUGUCCUGUUGUCCUGCGAAAACUCUAUAAAGACGUCGGUCCAUAACGUACAUUUAGUUUCUUGUGCUGCGGGUCGACACGGGCAUACCUAUUGGCGUUAUUCUCGAGAAAUUUUGGGCAAUGUUUUCAACAUAAUUCUUCUUAAGAGGCCCUGAUCUCACUUUCCUUUUCAAGAUCUCUUUAGUGGCAUAGCCUGUGAAGAGUAGAAAGCUCAUGCUAUUUUCCUUCUCUAUCUUGGAAAUGGACGUGCUUCAAGUGCAGUUUUAUUCAACAAUGAAAGCUGCUUAAAAGAACACAUUUUAUUUUUCACUGGGCGUACAGGGAAUGCAUGCUCCUGGGGACUCUGUAUUCCACCGGAUUCACACCGAAUUCGGAGACAUCAAAUUUAUGUAGAAGGAAGCCUGUAUUCUACAUAAAUUUGAUGUUUCCGAAUUCGGUGCGAUCUCAUGCAAAACCUAUUUGAUUGUAUCGGGUGAUUGGAUAUAGCAGCAAUGGGGCACAUUACAUUUUUAUAGGGCUAACUAACCUGUUACCAUAUUGUCCAUCUUCUCUUUCUACAACGGUAAAAGCUUUGAAGUCAGCCUUAAUUAUUCAGACUGCUUAAAGACUCGACAAAUCUAAUAACGCCAAUGGCACGAAACAAUAUCAUUUUGAUUCCGAGGAUUGGGAUUCAUGUGGAUUCCAAUGAUGCAGCUUUCACUUACCAACAAAGCGCACACACACACACAGACGCAUACAAUUUCAAACUACCCAUGCAAAUGCGAUAGGACAUGAUAUGUUUCAGAAUAGAAAUAGUUUUCAAGUUCAUAUGUCACGAAAUAGCUGCAGCUCACUUAGUGUAUCACAAGCGGAUCGUUCUCAAACUUGUUAUGACAUUAUAGUAAUAUGGCUUAAAUAAUUGUGUUUAUAUUCAUUGAAACUGGUUCGUUUCUUUGCCACCCUUUUUGUGAUAAAACCGGCAUUGCACCAGCAAAUUACCGGUGAAUGUAUCUCCUUUAAAUACAGUAAGUGCUGGGGGAGACAAGUGAAUUUCACGAAGCUAACAUUUUUUGACACAGAAGCACACUGCAAGGAAAAUAAUACAAUGUGGACCGUAAGUAAAAUCACAUGCAGAAUGCGUUUAACGUCGGAAUAGUGGUCACGCUCCACAUGCUUAAUGUAUAGAAUCGGCAAAAACAGUCAGGUGCGAAACAUUCGUCCAGGUUUCCAUGGAAAAUACCACGUCGGCAAGCCGUCGCCAUAAAUUAAGAAAGUGAAUAAAGGGAAAUCAGACAUCUACCCGUUCGUAGCAAUUGCUACAAAGGAAACCCAAACGGGUUCCUCGAAAGGAAAGCCUCAAGGUUGAAGAAAAAUUCGUCCUGGUCCGGGACUCGAACCCGGGACCACCGCCUUUCCGGUGCAGCCGCUCUACCAUCUGAGCUAACCAGGUGGCGAGCAGAUGGCAGGGCGAAGUCGAAUUUGUCGACAACACGAAGCAAAGGCAAGCGUUUGACGUAGUAGUUCUACCCGUUGUAGCAAUUGCUACGAACGGGUAGAUGUCUGAUUUCCCUUUAUUCAUUACUUCUCUCCGCCUUGCGGGUUUCCGCAGAACUACUACGUCAAAUCAAGAAAGUGUGGCCGUAGUCAAGAUGGGAAGAUGUUAAAAAUCGGGGCAUUUGGUAACGCCCCAAGGACACUUCGAAGAUGCUUUGUAAACAAACUGUUAUUAUUAUUGUUAAAGUGUUAAAGUGGCCAGAAGGUGGCAUAUGGAUGUUCGACCUUUACAUACAGCCGACAUGCUCUCUCUGCGAUAGCACGCUCUCUCACACCUUAUUUGAGACAUUGUGGCACUGCUUGGGGCUGGUUGUAACUGUGCUUAUCACGAGCGAACAUGGAGUAACAUUUUACUACACACUGCAUCACGGUGCAGUGAAAAUUGUCUUUUCGAUCCACAGGUAUACGCAUUAUCUAUGUAUCUUGUCCGAAAUAACAGCUUGCCAUUUUUUUAUUUCAAGAAUGGAAGGCAGCAUUGGUUCUAGGCUCCAUCAUUCGAAUAUGUCAAGUUACUAUUUGUUCUUGUACAUGACUAGAACAGAGAUCAAGAAUGCUUGCAUUACGUGCGCUGCUUCGUUACUGCUCAUCCGUUCUGCAUAUUUCAGUUACAUAUAAAGACAGAAAGAAAUUUUAGAGAACACUUAAGCUUUGCAUUUAAGAGUGGAACGCAACAGCAUUCAAAGAUCCCUGACUGCUUCUCACGCUUCCCGGCAACUGCAUCUUAUGUAACCGUAAUGUUUACCGGGAAACGCUGGCGGGGAACGCUAUGCACGAAGGCGAGCGGGUGAGCUUUCUGGUAGAAACGCCGCCUCUUGCGUGGGCCGUGGAUGCGUGGAGGCGAGCGCCAUCUGGAUGGUGUUGUUGCAAAGAACCGAGAAGGCCGCACCACUCUAUGAAUGGUAGAAAUGCCGGAAAAGGAGUUUAUGUUUGAGUUUCCGCGUAAUCGAAUUAUGUUUUCUGGUAUAUUCAAAUUACAAUCCGACGCCAUCAGGUGUAUAGGUUGUGUUCAGGUUGUACUUUACAAUUUUUCUGAUGCAUCUUACUUUGAGGAAUUCAAUUAGUUCAGUAACACCUCGGCGCCACGUGAAGGGCCGGCGUGGUCGUUAUUGGGAAUGAUUUUUCGUCAGACGACGUCCAACGCCGACACCGGAUUUUUCGCGACACGGGGCCCUUAUCGCGUUAAAAUGCACUGCGUUGCUCAAAUUUUAGACAGCCAUCAAAAUUUCCAUACAAGAACGUCUCACUAAUUGCAUCAUCAUUUGAUCGUUGCUCAAAUAGCGUCAGUUCAAAAUACCCGUCCUUAUCUUACGAAACUAGAAAGAAAUAAAACGCGGUCUUUGCGAUUUCAAUGCGUACUGAGUGCGUAGGAAAGCCUCGUUUCCUUUGUUCGUUAUAUAUAUUCGCCCGCCAGUUCCUUUGCAAACGCAAAUUUUAUGAAAUGGAGAAAGUAAACCAUCGUGGAAAAAUUGCUUAGCCUACUUUAUUUGUUUCAACUAAUAGCAGCAACGUUUCGGGCAGGAAAAUUGCGAGAGCUUCAGAAUUCAAUAUGCAACUUUUUAACAUGUCUCACGUAAGUUCUGCAUUGGAAGAAACGAAAUUGUUCAGCAGUACCUCACUGCAGGUAAUGUCCAGAUAGCUUAUAUUUUUGCAUUCUUGUUUCGUACAGCUUCACCACAGCACAAGUGACGAGUUACGGCCGGCCUAAUUAAACACUCAUCUCUGUUAACCGAGGUCUGGUCGCCAAGCAUUGCAAAUUGCACCUGUAAGGAAAUUAUGCUUACAUGUGCCCAUAUUUUCGAACUAUUUCAUUUUCCAUUCCCUCUAAACUCUGCUAUUGGUUCGGUACGAUGCCGCACUGCAGUCCUCAUUAGGAUUGGCCAGCCGAUGCAGCACGUGAUCACAAAAGAGUGUAAAAUAAAAUCAAGCGUUACAAGAUUUCGGCACAUGCUAUCGAUGCUAUUCCUGUUUUGGUUCAGAAACUAAACUUCGGAGAUUUUUUACACUUUCUUUCCAGUUUCAUGCUCUCAAAUCAAUAAAUAAACCACUUCGUAAGUUAGAGAGAGCUCUCAUGACUCCUUGAAAACCGCUCAGUUGAGUACGCAUUAAGGAGUACUGAGAUAAACAACCAUCUGCGUCUGCACUGGGGGUCAUAAGUACUCGUCGGCUUUCAAACCACGUUAUUCUGCAUAUUUAUGCGGUUAUGCAUUAGAACAGCAGUGAUCCUGGUUAGCAGCCUGACAGGAUCAUCAACAGUGCCACAGCACUUGGUAUGGUCAAAGUAUGAUUAGUCGGUUUGGUCAUAAAAGCUAAGUAGGAUGACGGAACGCAGCUUACACACACUUUUGCGCACACCAAGUCGGAAUGUCGCUUCCAAACAUGCACAGUUUUGUUAAGCGUGCUUCCAAUGGUAGACUUCUACCGCAAAGCUUUAGAAAAGCCGAAGAAGGACUUGAAUCCCAGAAAUUAGUGCGGAUGGCCAUAAUUGGCCCAAAUUAUAUUCUCUCCCAGGCUUGUGCGCAGAGGUAUGACACACUCUGAAGACGUGACUUCUCCGUCAAGACAGUGCUUACCGCGUUACUUUAAUCUGUAAAGGCUUUUAAUGCGCCACUUGCGUCCUCAUUUAAAGGUAUCGCGGAACACAUUUUUCUCAAAGUUGUGGUGUCUUUGUGUGAGACGGCGUACCGAACGUUCUCAGUUGCUUAACGCCCAGUCAAUUUUCUCACCAUGCACAACUACAGCGGUACUGGACAAGUAGAAUGUCCCCAUGCCAUGCCUUUUUUUUUUAUUUUCCUUGGGUGUGCUUCUAUGUGACAUGCGCAAACCCUCGCAACGACCUGUGGCUUUCCCUUUUCAGGCGUUAACAGAAUACUCCCUGCCGCAAUGAAGGUGAUGAAAUGUUGCAAAGGAUUUCAAACACAAAAACAAGAUGACGCUUGACCGUGAAGGAGAAGCGCGGCCUCAACUGUUGUCAGUGGGCCAUCUUUGAAUGCCAUCACUCCUGCAGCUGAAAGGAAUGUGUCCCGAUAAAGCUGUAGGCAUCUAUGCACUGCAAUGCAAUCGCCAGCCCACGAGCUAGCGCAGCAUUGCGUUAUUGCUGCCGCUUCUUGUAGCCCUCUAGCGGUAGUGUCUGAAAGAGAACGCCCUCCCGUCUGAGCCUCGGGAUGGCAGGUAGUUUUGGUGAGUGUUGUUCCGUGCUGUUGUUUCACCGUCGUCCUAUGGCUGCGUCGCUGGGGUCAAUGGUCAGCGAAACGCUUCGCGCAUCGGAGGCCCUUGCUUAGCUGUAGAGGCUUGCAGAUUAAGUGAUGUUGCCACCCCGUACGUCUGUAGGGAGCGUCCUGUACCGAUUAAGUCCACGCGUGGACGGACAAUUCUGCAAAGUAGAUGUAGAAGGUGUCAGGUGUGGUUGCGAUUAGAUCUGUUGCCAUCUGUUUUAGAGCAAUGAAGCGUUGGGCAGAAGUAUUCGUGUUAGAGUUCCAUAAUUGUGCGCCAUCUUUCACUUUCAGAACUAGUCGCAUCUUCUGAAUGUUUUUGUUGUCCUCACACUAGUACAUCCUGUACUUUUAACGCGUCGGCAGAAUGCUGUUUGACUGAUUUUGGAUAGCAUCAUGCGCCAUAACGUUUGUCAUCUUUCGAAGUGCAUACCUUGUUUUCAGUGCCCGGUGGCGGAAGUAGCAUGGCAUUUUGCCGUAGCUGCCGUCAGAGAAGUCCGAGCAAAAUUUUUUCGCUCAGCAUUCUUGAGCGUAUGCGCAUGCAACGAAUGCACAAGCUGGCAACCGCAGCGAGCUGUUUCACGAACGACGCUCCUGCACUAAGUGACAACAUUUUAGCAUGCCAACACAAAGAAUAAAAUUAACAAAAAUGUGCCCACUGUAGCAGGAACCCCGGGGCGCCCAGGUAAACAAGCGCCGACGAUUGCCCAAAUCAAGAAACUAAGGUCGUCCCGGAGCCUCGGCGGUGUAGCAUCUGCAAAAUAACUUUCGGGCAUGUGUUUGUAUGUCGAAAGCGCUUUGUUUCCUAGGUUAACUUUCUGUAUCAGAAGAGAACCUUUUUCUAACCCUUGGUGAGCGUGACACAACGCGACUGCUGGUUCGCAGCCCUGACUACAAAUUCCCCAUGUACCACGAUUUGCUGGUGCGCGACAGGGUGAACUUCAGGCUCCGUGAGUUAAACUUUUGUGCUGUAGGGUGAAUGUCUCCCGGACGUGGCCGACUGCAUGCGAAGUUAGUCGCAUGGUUCCACAACGCGGUUUCGUAUCCUUCGCUCAUUUUUGAGAAACUGCUGCCUUCCUUUGUGAAAAAAGGAAGGCUCCUUUAAUGGUGCAUGGCGUAACAAUGCUGCAACAGUUUCGUUCGAAGCGUUCGCAUGUUCUUCAACUUGGCUGCCGGCACAGCGGUGCUUCUUUACGAAAUGACUCUGGCAAUGUUACAUAGGUCUCACGUGCAAGGUGCCCUAAAAAUAUCGCUGAUCUGCACCCUGGCGGUCAGAACAUUUUGCCAACGCUUAGUUUUUCUUAACAUGGGGAGAGCAAGAAAUAAUCCGCACUCUGGCUUUCUCUCUUUCGGGGUUUCUGCUCCACGUAAACUUUAUGAGCUUAUUUAAUGCAAGGCCGAUGUCUGUCCAGCGAGUGGAGUGCAGGUGUCAUCGGAUUUAUGGAUGUUACGACUUGGAUGCCAUAGAAAAUGGCUGGCCUAUCUGCUUAAACGAAAGAGCAACACUCGAUGAUCUGUUCUGUGUGGUCUGCUAUAGAGUCUGGCGCCGAUAUAUAUUUUUAAGUGAUAGUGUUAUGGAACGCUUUUCGUAGCGACGAAGUUUAUUUUAUUGCUUGUGCACAAACGUCAUACGUAGGUGAAGAACGAGACGUCAGUCAGCGUUCGUGGCUGAACGCCAGCGUUCAUGAUGAAAUGGAACAUGCACUUGAGUGAAUUCGUUCAAAGUUGCUUGGUCUUACAUGGACAAAGCGUGUACUAGAACCAAUAUACAAUGUGAGAAUCAUUUUUUUAAAUAUUGAUAAAUCUUCCCACCGAGAUGGCGAGUAAACUCUGAAUUUCCACAUGGAUUUAUUUGAAUAGGCCUUCGAAUUUGGUAGGGAGGAUCACUGUGACUGCUGUCGUUAUUCACACAGGUUGCACUUCCUAUAUUUGUUGCGGGCGCCUAACUUAGCAUUUAUCAGUCACAAAACACGGAAUCCCGCUUCUUGAUAGUACAUUAUCGCGUUUAAGAUUUCUUCAAUAUCCGAUGCCCGCAGUAAAAUCCGAGUGAUAUUUGAACUGUGUCACUGAGUGUGAUCAAUUCCCUGUAGGCAAAGGAUUACCUAUUCAAGGCCAUAACCGCUAAAUAUUAUGAGAAAUAUAUGUUCGCGCACCAAAGCCCUACCACCAAAAUAUUAGCACUUUAUCAACCCCCCUGCCCUACUCUUGUUCUGAAGUUCACCUAACUCACCAUGAGCAGUGCAGUUAUAUUAUCGUGGACAAUGUGUUAUCGCAAAAAAUCUGUGGCACGACUUUGCCACAAACGGAAUUCAUUAUUAUAUAUGGCGUAAACAAGGUAUUACAAAAUAGUUUCAGGAAUAUUAGUGCAAAAAGUCAGGGGAGCGUUCAGACCCAGCUGCUCUGGAAAAUUUAAAGAAACAACUUUCUGAUAUAUCCAUGUUGGCUCCGCCCCCAUAUUUUCAUUUUCAACAAGCACUAACAGCUGAUAACUCAUACUAAUAAAUAUAAGAAUCUCUGCAAUGGCAGGUUCUUUUUAAUGACAGUGAACUAGCUAGCCACCUGAGCGAUGCUAUGCUAGAGACGAAGACGCGAUCGAAUCCCGGCCCCGGCGGCCGCAUUUCGAUGGGGGUGAGAACACCCUUGUACUUAGAUUUAGGUGAACGUUAAAGAACCCCAGGUGGUCCAAAUUUCCGGAGUCCCCCACUACGGUGUGCCUUGUAAUCAGGUCGUGCUUUUGGCACGUAAAGCCACAUAAUUUAAUUUAUUUAACUCAGCAGUGUUAUAAUUACGCCAAUAAGAUAUAAAUGAAGAACAGUCUCCUUUGGAAAGGCCUAGAAGUUAUGACCUUUCUAAAGUUCACGGAACAACCGCAGCUAAUACCACUUGUCUUGGUUUAUAUUCCUUCGUCCGAUAGCUUCCCUUUAACUUGAUUAUACAGCUGAACAUAUGUCAGAAGAGGAGCUUCUUUAUACAACGGCUGUCGAAAGCACUUCUCGCACUGCCAAUAGUCAGGAAGUUCAAUGCCACAGUGCAAAGAAUGAAUUUUAUUACUCAGCGAACUAACAUAACGUGGCACACCAGACACGUUUAGAAAAACCAGCUGAUGACAAAUGUUUUGGCUAAGAAUAUGGCCAUACUUGCACCCCACGUAUCUCAGAGUACUGAUUUUGUUAUACACUUUUUGCGAGUUAAAACACUGCAACAAAACUUUCGCAUGACACUAUCUAUGAACUUGUACAAUCUAUGAAACUCAAGACAAAGUGUCUUCAAAUGCACUUUUCUGAAAAAGAGAUAUGACACUUAUUCCACCAAAUCGUCUCACUGGACCCAUUAAAUGUCAUAUAUAAUGGGUACCGUGGCAUAGGUAAUCUAUUUUGUGGUUGUCGUCAUAUCGUAGUGUGGCAGCCUUAAAAAUUUGCGUCUCAUAAACUAAUUAACCGGUAAAGGAAGUGGUACUUCUGUUACAAUCGAUUAAGAAAGCAGUGUUUUAUAUGAGUCCCAUUAUUGAGCACUUCCCCACAUCGAUAACAACCACGCGGCUUUUAGAGUAAAGAAUGGUUCCAAAUUCAAAGCUUUUUGGCUUUCCCGAUAUCUUAAGUCGUGCUAAUGAAAGGGCAGAGAUCGACAACACACAGCGUUACAUCAUCUUGCAUAUUUGCCUUUGUGUUUUAGCGGUACCCUAAUCCCAGUGUGAUAGAACUCACCCGAAUCGCGGCUGUAUUGCUAUUGUUAGUAGAUAUUUGAAUGACCAUUUUCAGAAAAUGUGCUCGUAAUGGCGCUGGAGGAGAAACUGCGAAGAGAUAACAUUUGUUGGUGAUGCUUUUGCAAAUUUGCAAAGCACAAAAAAUCAAAGAUUGAAAUACUUCAUUUAUUGAACACCUGGCUGUGAUGGCUACAUUAGUUAUUACUAUAUUAUAUUGAUGCAAUUCUCUCGAAAGAACAGAUGAAACGUUUACAAAUUUGAAAAUGUUGAUUCUAAGCUGAGACGAUUACAAAAAAAAAAGUGAGACCAGUUCACGGUUCAUGAUAACGUUCCCUUAUACUUUCCCUGUCCAUUCUCGUUGUUGACCAUCACGGGAAUUUCACAGCACGGAGCAUUCGCUAGGAACGGACACGUUUUUGUAGCUCAACUAGACGCAUAUGUUUGAUAUUUGCUUCCCUUGAAGCUGUGGUAACGGCGUCUUUCUUAGCCGGGAACCAGAAACAGGAAGCAUGCUUGCUUUCGAGGAAUCACUGUGAACUGCUUCGAUUCUGACAUCACCAGGAAACAUAACCUUACUGGACGUUUCUUUAACUGUUGGAACGUAGAUGAUGUGUAGAGUGGACAUCCUUGUUUUCUUUUUUUUUUUGGAGUGCAAUAUUAUGUGGUUUUCUGUAGCUGCUCUCCUGGCGCAGAUUCAUCUAACCACGUGGUGGCGGGAUACAGAUGAUGAAUUUAAGUGGUUUAUUAGGUUAUCUGUAAAUUGGAAUUUACAUGCUAGAGAAGUUAAAAGGAAAAAACGUACAGCAGUUUUUCUCCUUUUCAAAAUAGCAGUUCAUAGCUACAAUUAUUGUUGACCAUUAGCACGACAACGAGAGCUUUCGACGUGAAUGCGGCAUUAAACAAUUUAUUUGAAGUACCAGUAAAACCCCAUAGGAACUUCAUGUGAAGUGUGUUGAUUUUCUAUGACACCCUGUGGGGACUCAUGAUCUUACAAUUCUUGCCGACUAAAGCCUGUAAGCUUUACACGAGCCACAUGACAUGACAUCAGUUGACAAGAAUGGAUCAAUGAAAUAUCUCUGUAGGGAAGUUUUCUCUACAUACAGCACAGAGAUUUCAUGUAGCAGAGUGGAAAGUCUAUAGAUAGCAAGGUGGCCUUCAAAAGUGUCUUUCUAGAUAAUCAACAACAGCCAAAAUUUAUAGUCGUAUAGGUAUCAUUGACACAUUACUGACAAUUUCACGAGAAAUUUUAAUAUCGCUCCAUAAAGGUUGCCAGGAAACACCCCAAAUUCGUAUUGACACUGGGAUUCUUGAAACACCACUGCAAUUUCGACAGGUCAGAGCGUGAUGGCACGUGAGGUUCUAAAGCUUGAGGAAAAAAAUUGCUGUGAUGAAAAAAACUAGCAGGGAUGAUUUUUCACCCUUCUGUAACCCCGAAAUCUGCAUGCUGGAUUCUCGCUGAUUUUCUGCGCAAAACGUUACGAGAUACUGCGAGCAAAUGAGUGUCCCGCCCCUUCGGUGACGAUGGAAUUGCACGAGCAUGGGUCAGGAUCUAGUAGCCUCGACAAAAAGGAGUAACCGCUGGCAGCGCAGUCCAGUGGUUCCAGUGCGCAAGCGGCUCACCCCCACACUCGUGCUGUCAGGGCGGCGCGAGAGCGCCCUUAGGAGACUAGCAUUUCAGUUUGCAGCGUAGCUCUUGGCAUGCAGUACUCGGUCUGCUGUGAUAACACACUGUGUGUACAAUACCGUAGUGGGAGUAACAAAAAGAAGAAGAAAAAUACUGAAGCAAAGCCGGUGCCCGCCUGCUGUCAUUGUAUAGCCAUCGUUUUUACACUGGUGCACGUCUGUGUGACUGAGUGAAACCGUGUACAUAUGUACAUAGAAGGAAAUAAACAGGUAUAAUUCUUGCAA